CCCAGCUGGGACAAGGGCCACCACCUUCCAAGGAGAGAAACAGACUCGGCAGUGGCUGGAGAAGGACGGGCAGCAGCACCUGGUGCAGGGUGUUAAGGAACAGCCAUGUCCACCCUGUACCCAUCUCUGGAGGACCUGAAGGUGGACCACGCCAUUCAGGCCCAGGCCAGACCACACCCAGGAUGCCCACCCUGCCGGUCCAGGGCACGGCUGUCUCCCAGCCUUCAGUUUUAUACCCAAACCUGGCAGAACUCGAAAAUUAUAUGGGUCUUUCCCUCUCCAGCCAAGAAGUCCAGCGGAGCCUGUUUCAGACUCCAGAAGGCUGCCGUACAGUGGUCUCGGGCCCCUCGCCGGGCAUGCUGGUGGCGCCGGUGUCUGGGAACAGCCUGGGCGCGCGGCGUGCGGAGAUCAAGCCUGGGGUGCGCGAGAUCCACCUGGGCAAGGAUGAGCGUGGGAAGACCGGGCUGCGGCCGCGGGCCAUUGACCAGGGAUCUGGCUUCCAGAUGGCUGUCUGUCGCCAGAAGCCAGGGACACUGAUGCCUCUGUGAGAGGCCUGUACAGUCCAGAGCUUGGGGAUGCAGCCCAGGGUUGAAACCCUGCCUCAGUGGCGGCCCAGUUGUGUGGCAAGGUCGUGCUGUGGAAUGGCUGGUGUCCUUACAAGAGGAGAGACACCUGGAGGGGAUGACCACGUGACACAAACAGGGAGAAGGCCACGUGACAGCAGAGGCAGGGAUGGAGUGGGCCGUUGCCAGCCAAGGAACCGAGUAUUGCUGGCCACCACCGGAAGCCAGAGAAACAAGGAAGGAUUCUCCCCUACAGGGGGAGCGUGGCGCUGCCCACACCGGACUGCUGGCCUCCAGAACUGUGAGACAAUACAUUUCUGUUGUUUUAAGCCCCUGGUGUGUUGUACUUUGUUACAGCUGCCCUAGGAAAUGGAUGCAGGGACGACAUUGGGGUACAGCAUGCAUAUGUAUUUUGGCCUCAGUAAUCUGGGCUCCUGGGUGGUCCCUGAUCUUUAAUCCAAGAACCAAGCCUUGGAGGGCUCAGAUCACAGUUUUCCGUAGCAGAGAGGAUGCACUGGCCCUAGGGAGGGGGCACAGUGACACGGGGACUCCUCGCUAGAGGAGAGAGAAGCCCUGUGCUUGCACCCUGGGAAGUGAGAAAGGGAGAUGGAAGCAGAGAGAGAGAGGGGAAGCCACACAUUCAUUGCCCAGGGCUGAGCCUUGGCUGGGCAGUAGGGUCUGUGGGAACAAGAGCUGCAGAGACCUCUGAGAAACCAGGCCUGCAACCCACCUUUCAUGGCUCCAGUGAGCCCCAGCCUAGAUGGCACCGUGGGAGCUGUGGAACAGCAGCAGUGGCUGCUGUUGGGUGUUCAGAGUCUCUGAAUGCCCCAGAACCCAGUGUGGUGCUGCUGAGAGGGAUGGUGGGCCAGCAGAGGCCUGGACAGAUGCCUCUGGGCCAGAGGGGGACAAUGAGCCCAGAGUCAACAGCGGACUCCAAAGCCAGACUGUAGCAGAGCCAGGCUCAGGUGCCAUCCACGCUCUGGGCCUCCCUUACAUGAGGGACUGAACAGUUUGUAAACACAGGGUUCCCUGCAGAGGAGCGCCUGGUUGUAGAUACCCCAGUGUAGAUACUCCAGCAGUUAAUCUUGCUGUAAUUUAAUUUCUGUUUAAGCUUAAUCUAUAGCUGAAACUAAUCUAAGAGAGAAUAGGUGCUGCGUCUUGGAAUCUGGUGCGAGUCAUGAGCGAUGUGACAAGGACUGCAAACAGUUCCCGUUGUCCUUUCCGAGGUAAACCCAGAUAAGGAGCACA